UUCGCCGCUUAACUGAUGAGCUAGCUCCCGUGUAGCAGACCUAGCAAAUCAGGGUGAAAUUAAGGUGAGCGGAGAAUUGAUAGAAGCCAAAGCGAGAAGAAGGUGAGAUAGAAGGAACUGUGAAAGGGAUCUGAUGAAAUGGUAAAUUGGAGAUCAUCUUCCCAUCACAGAGGCUCUGCAAAAUCUAAAUUUCGUUUCAAAGCAUCUCCCGUUUCAGUAACUGUUUACACUCUACUUCUUUUUGCUUUAUCCAUCAUAAUAUUCAUCUUCCACUCGAGAGAGAUCCUUGAAGAAGAGCAAAAUCCUUUCUUCUUGGAGAAGUCUGAAUCUGAAAAGAUAUCUGAUGAUCAACUAUGGGGUGCUUCUUUCAGCUAUGGUUUCCACCCAUGCGUUGUGCCUACGCGUGCACAUAAAGAAGCCCAAGGAUGGGAUCACUAUAUAACUGUGAGAAGCAAUGGAGGACUGAAUCAGAUGCGAACUGGUGUAAGUCAGUGAACUUUCUAUAUAUUUUUUCUUUAUAAGUUUGCGGCCUCUAAAUGUU